AUGAAUUUUGGAUAUUUUCGGAUUAUAUUGUUAUUUCUAGUUGUAAUAGCUGUACCUUCCCAGUGCAUGGAAGUAGGUGAAGAAAACAAUACAAUAAGCUUAGAGAAAGAAAUUGUAAAUGUAAAUACAACUGAAAACAACUCAGAAAUUAACAAGAUAGUUAAUGAUGUACGAAAAGAUCUGAGUUCUCCUUUGGUGCAGAGAAUUCUUAAUGGAAUCAGAGACUUUUUUAAUGAAAUAGGUAAACUAAUUUUGUUACUCUGGAGAGAGAUAGAAAAGAGUAUUAAUAAACCAAUUGUAAAUAGUCAAUUUACUGGUAAUAAUAGUAAUGAUGAAGUAGAUGCGAAUUAUAAUAAAUUAAACCGAGUUUUAUUAGACUUAGUCAGAUUUCAAAAUUCAUCACUUUUGGAAGACAAAGAUACAAAUUUCGCUUUAAAAACUACUUCUGGACAUCCAUCAUCUAAUAUGAAAAAAAAAUAUUUGAAUAAUUUUCAAGAGGAAGAAGAAUUAUUAUCACCAAUAGUUCUAUCAUUAGUUUAUAUUGGACUUUUUAUAACCUGUUGGAUUAUUGCCUUUAUAAGGGAUAGAGUAGACUGGAUCAGUAUUUAUAAAAGACCACAUACUGUAUAUCUUCAACAAAUACCGAAUAAAAUUAUGUAUGAAAAAAAAGUUCCAUUAAUUGAGAGACAGAUGAUAUUACCAUGGAUAUAUGUUCCGUCUGUAAAUGUGACAGUAGGUCAUAUUAGAAUAAUCACAAUGGUGAUUCAAACAAUUUUUUUUCCUGUUUCAAUAGUUUAUUUAAUAUUAUCGGGAUUCAAAUAUCAAUAUUAUAACUUUGGACUUUUACAUAAUAAGCUUAAAGAACUUUAUGAUAGUUUGAUAGAUAAUAAUUUGUAUCCUAAUUAUUACUAUAUAAUUGGUUUCAUAACAUCAUCUAAAGAUAUAGAGAACAAAAAAAAACUUGGGAAAAUUAUGGAUAAUACUACAGUUCAGAUGUACAAUAAUUGGCUUGAUCAAGAAAGCUUGCUACUAUUAAAUGUUGUCCGGGAGUUAAAAUAUACAGAUGAAACAGAGAAUUUUCCUACUUCUUUUCAGGUACACAAAUGGAGUGAUGAUUUCUGGUUUAGGUUAGAUUCUGCCAAUGUAAAUAGAAUUGUAGAACUAUUACCUAGAAUAGCUUCUAUUAUCUUACUUACAAAAAUUCAGUCUAGGGAACCAGUAUCCUUAGAUUAUUUAAGAAGGGUAAAAAUGUACAUGAUUGGUAUAGAAAAUCAGGGUAUUUAUGUACGUGAUUGGUUAAAUAAAAAUAUUAAGCAAAAUAAUCCAAAACUGUGCAUACCAUUUAAUUGGAUACCAAGAAAACCUAUUGGAUCAAUUAAUAUAUUAUUACAUAAUGAUGGAAUUAAUGUUCUAAUAGAGGAGUAUCGUAAAAGAAUUGGAAUUUAUGCAGAAGCAUCAAUACAACUGUUUUUUGAUACAAAAUCAAAUAAGGCUGCAAAUGUUGAAUGUUAUCUUUGGUUUUCAGAUGAGAUGCAAAGUUUGUGUAUACAUCCUACAAUUCUUUGUAAUUGUACAAAGGGAAUAGAUGCUUUAGAUUGGUUUGGACCAUUUGGAUUUAUACCAUUUGAGACAAUUAUCUCUACCCCUCAAAUAGAUACUAUAAAUGGGACUAUUACCCUUAUGAGAAAAAAGAAAGCAAUAUUUUUUGAUAGAAUUGAUAAAAAUCUCUCAGUAAGUUCGCAGGUAUUUUCAACUAUACAAUCUGAGUAUUUGUUACCUUCAAUCCAAUUUUCAAUGAUAAAUAAUAAAGAUGAAAUAUUAAAUGUUACAACAAUACUGAACAAGUUUAGAUAUAAUUCUAGAACAUAUUGCAAACCUAUUGGAAAUUUGAGUAUCUCUACAGAAUCAACAUGUUCUUUUGAAAGUGUUUUAACUAAAGUCUCAUAUUUACCAAACAGUGUUAUGAAAUCUAAUACAAAUGACGUCUUCUGGGGUGAUAAAUUAAAUAUAAAAUCAAAUUUAGGAACUCAAGAUUAUUUAUUUGACAAUAACUCUUAUUUUUGGGACUUUGAUAUGCCUGUACCAUUUACAGCAGUCCCUGUAAUAAUUAAUGGAGUUUUAACAUAUUUAUGGCUAAAUUAUGAUUCUCUUUUAUUGUGUAUACAGAGAAAGGAUAAGGCAAUUCAAGAAGAUUGUAACCAGCAAGAUAACUCAAAUAGUGCUACUGAUGAAAGUAUUCAAUGUUCAACAGAUAAUAAUACUAUAUCUUUGACUCAACUCAAAACAUUUGAUAAUAGGUUUCAAAUAGAAAGUUGUUCAAGCACUCCAAAUUCAGAUUUUAAUUUUGAGGUUAUGGAAGCUGAAAAUAUUAGUAAACAAAAAGAUCCUGAUUCAUCUUUGACAAAUGAAAAAAUAAUAAAUAAUGUUAAAGUAGAAAAUCUUAAUAAUGAAACACAAUUACUUAAAGGAGCUAAUAUAUGGAAACCAUUCAAUCCAAGCCUAACAAAGAUACUAAGUAUUUAUACAAGUAACAAGAUAGUGAAUUUACAUCCAAUAUAUGGGGUUCCAGGAGUUUUAGGAUCGGUGAUUUGCACUAGAGGUUAUGCUAUUGGGUCAAUAGUUAAUACUAGAAUUUUAACAGAUUCAAUUGAAGAAAUUCCAGAAGAAUAUAAAAAAUUUAUAGAAGCUCAGGUUUUAUUGACUUUUGAGGGUGGGUUUGUAUUAAAAAUAUCUACUUUUACUCUUGGAAUGGCUAAUGCAAUUAAAUCUAAUUUGGAUGAAAUACUUAAAAAUAUGGAAGAUUCAGUAAUGAAUUCAACAAAAUAUUUAACUGAAUCUACUAAUGAAAAAGAAGUAUUAUCUAAUAUUAAUAAUUUAGCUUCUACAUUAUUGUCAAAUGGUAUAAGUCCUCCUGAUAUUGCUUUACGUAGCCAAAAAUUAUUUGAAUUUCAAUCUCAAUCCUUUAAAGCAAGCCUUUUUAAAUUCUUUAUGGAAUUUCAUCCAGUAUCAGGUAGUCUAAAUUGGAACUCAGCAUCUCCAAGAAUAUAUCGUUGGCUAUCAUAUGUUACUAGUUCUACGAUUGCACACUUUUUUACUUUCUAUAUGCUUAGUAUAAUGUCAAGAAGGCAUCCCAUAUGGAAUGGAAUUAUAGUUGGUUAUCUAGCAUAUUUUAUAUUGAAUAUUUGUAAGUCAAUUUUAAACAAAUGCAUGAAUUUCCCAUGUAUUCUACAAACAAUGAAUAUUAGGCAACAAGCAGCUCAUAUGCAUUAUCGUUUAUGGAUUAAUUGGAUAUCAUUCAGUACUUCAAUAUUAUUAUUUAUCAUUUUAACUAUCCUAACUAUACUACAGUCUAUAAAGCAAGAAAAUAAUACAGUUACAUCAAAUAGUAUUCUGCUUAAUGAAAUGUACUUUGCUAUUGGUACAUGGAUAGCUGUUUUAGUUCUAUCUGCAUUGUCUCUCAUUUUACAACCUCUAUUUUUGGCUUUGAUACAUGCAAUUUUAAUUUAUAUAUCUCAGAACUACAAUUAUUUAGAUGGCAUUAUGGUUAAAAUGAAAUAUAUUAGAUCAUCUGAAGUUACAAAGACUGGUUACUUUCCUGUAAGACCUGAUGGUAUAAUUAAGAUACAAAAUAAUAUUUACAACAGAUAUUAA